AUGGGAAAACUUCAAUUAUUUAUGUCAUACGGAUUUUAUGUUUAUCUAAUGUAUCAACAAGGAUAUAGUGGAAAGCCGGAAUAUUCUAGUAAUGAUUUACCAAAUUUAUCAAAAUUGGAUAAUGCAUUUAUUGUGGUUUUUAUAUCAGUAAUUAUUGGAAUAAUAUUAAGAUUAUGGAGUUUUAAAGCUCUUGAUGAAUUUUUUACUUUUGAUCUUACUAUUAAAAAGGAUCAUAAAUUAAUUACUCAUGGUCCUUACAGAUAUUUAGUUCAUCCUUCGAAUGAGAAACGAAGAAGCAAUGAUGAAAAAGCAUUUUGGAAAAGAAUGGGAUGA